AUACAGUGGUUGUAACAGUUGUGGGCUUACAGCCACUACCAGCUAAAACCAGCCGCAUAUUGGCGAUAUUGGCUGAGGUAACAACACCAGUACCACCUAGAUGGGUGGGUCAUCGAUGGCAGGAUCUCCGUGCUAACUGAUACUGGGCGACAAUGCGAUUGCGAAUGCGAGCACAUCCAGAACGUAAUUAAGAAGACUGACAUCGGAUUCUAGUCUCAGGCUACGUUGCGCCGACCAAAUCGCCGCUGAAAUCCUCGACAGAAAUUCAAUUUGAGAGUGGGAGCUUCAAGGGGUCACCAUGGAGAUACCCAUUUCAAACAUACUACUGCUGUGCCUGAUCUUCCUGCUGAUCGGCGGGGUAGUGAUGAUCCUGCUGCAGUAUCUCAUCUUCAUCAAGUUCUCCAAUUUGCCGGACGAGAGCGAGGAGCAGAAGCAGAUGAACGCCAAAUACACCCUGCCACUUAACAUCAAGCAAACGGCCCGAAACAUGAAGAGGCUUUCCAACUCCGGACUGGGAGCCGGCAAUGGGUGCGAGAACCACCAGGAGAGUCUCCGCAGAGCCUCGGCGCUGGUCUCGCUCAACUUCGUGAUGCAGUUCCUCUUCCACGAGUUCAAGAACUCCAACCGGGUGAGGAAGUGGUUCUACCGCAAGCUGUCCAUCGAACUGGACGAACUGAUUACUAAGACUACCACUGGCAAACUUCUCGACAAGCUCACGAUUAAGGAGCUCGAGUUGGGUGACCAGUUUCCAGACAUCAAGUCGUUAUCGGUGCACAACGUGGAGUUGGACAAGGACGAGCAGCGUAUUGAGAACCUCGAUCUUCUGCUGGACAUAAACUACGUGGGCAACUUCACGACAUCCAUUGAUGCGGAUAUGGUGCUGGGCAAAAAAGGAUCAAUAACGCUAAAGGUCAAGCAGCUGUCGGGCAUGGCGCGUCUGCAGUUCACAAGGAAACCGUACACGCACUGGUCGCUGAGCUUCCUGGGCGAUCCGGAGCUGAUUCUGGACAUAGAGUCCAAGUACCAGGGCCGCCAGAUGCAGUCGAACAUCACGAACCUGAUAUCGAACCAGAUCCGAAAGGCGGUGCGCCGGAAACACACGCUGCCCAACUACAAGCUGCGCUACAAGCCCUUCUUCCACUGGACCGCCGAGGAGGACGCCGGCGACUGCGACAUCCAGCCGAACGGACUGCUCACGGUCCGGCUGGCCGAGCUGUCCCGCCUGAUGGUGGCCUACCCGGGCGCCAGCGAGACGUACUGCACCAUCACCCUGGCCCCCGUGCCCUUCAUCGAGGCCAGCCAGCGGGACAGCCGGAACGUGCUCAUCUCGCUGGACGUGUUCAUCCACAAGGCAAAGAACCAGCAGAUCGGCAUCGUCUUCAAGCAGAGCGGCAGCCAGGUGGUCCGCAUCGAGUCCGUGCUGCCCAACACGCCGGCCUGCAAGUCCAACCUGGUCGCCGGCGAUGUCCUGGUGGCCAUCGAGGGCAGGCCGGUGGCCACCAUUCAGCAGAUUGCCAAGGUGGUCAAGACGCUGCAGGCCACCGUCUUCAGUCUGCGCAUCGAGCGCGUCAUUCCCGGCAUCAUUCGCAACGAUGCCAUCCUGGAGGACAUCGACAAGUACGACGAUCUAGAGGACCUGCCCAGCCCCUGUCCCUCGAGGCCAGAGGUCGACGACCUUGUGCCGGCUGAGCCAGUGCCCAAGCACCUGGUCGUCAAGCCGGGCUUAAGUGGAACGCCCACCAACUCCCCCAAGAAGUCCAACCUGAUUGCCAAGGCCAUCAAGAAGACUAUGAGCAGGGAGAGCGGGGACAAGAACAGGGAUCGGGAUCGGGAUCGGGAUCGGGAUAAGGACAUGGACAAGGACAAAGACAAGGAUAAGGAUAAAGAAAAGGACAAGGACAAAGAUAGGGAUAAAGACAAAGACAAAGACAAAGACAAGGAGAAGGACAGGAGCAAGACUGAUGAGGCGGAGGAGCCCGUCAACUACUUCUACCAGCACUCCACCAUCGACUGCGCCUUCAGCCCGCUCAUCCACAUGGACGAUGUGUGCAGCUUCCAGCUGGACACCUCCAGCCGCUACCUCAACGUGUGCGUCUUCAGCAAGUGCGCCGGUGAGAGCGUCCUCCUGGGGUACAACAACGUCCAGAUUGGCCAGAUACUCGUCGAGUGCUCCGAGACGAGUCUGAACCAGUGCCUCAAGCAAAUCAGUCUCAACCCGGCCUCGCUUCAGGCAGUGAAGACACACGCCCUGUCUAAUCAGUCUGGGUUCAAUCCAAACCUCUGCUUUGGCGACAUUUUGUUCGGCUUCUCCUGGACGGGCAAUCCCAAUUUGACAGUGGGCGAUGCUUCCGCCAAGAGCGGCUCCAAGAAUCAGUCACAAGCUAGAAACAUAUCGGCUGGCGACCGAGCGGCACAGGAGGAUCAGUCGCACGAGCCGGUGUUCCUCAAGUUGAGCUCCACCUUGGCGGACAGCUCCCCAUCCGGCGACUCCUCGAGUGCGACGACUGGGGCCUCGAAGGCGCACAACUUCGUGCGGACCCACUUCCAUCGAGCCACGCAGUGCGACUUCUGCGGCAAGAAGAUCUGGCUGAAGGACGCCAUGCAGUGCCAGGAGUGCUCCAUGUGCUGCCACAAGAAGUGCAUAGUCAAGUGCCAGAUGGCCACCGUCUGCGGUCCGGUGGACUGCUCCGGCUCCAUGCCGGCGUCGUCCACUCCGGCGAUGGCCAACCGGCCGGAGUUCACCAUUACGCAGGCCGACAGCCCCGAGCUCCUCGACGCCAACUUGAGUCCGGCUCCUUUGGACGAGGCGGCCACUUCUGGCGGGGAUCAGGCUCAGGCUCAGGCUCAGAUCCAGACCCCAACGGCGGCUGGCUUAGAUGUGCACAGGUCCAGUCUCACCGGGAUGCUGGCCCAGGGCAUUAAGCGGCAGGCGAGCAACCUGGACAUACCCGGCAUCGUGUCCUCGCUGACUGGCAGUGGUCAGCAGAUGAACUCCAAGAGCCUGCCUCCGAGCCCCCAGCACACUCCCUCGCGAAAGUCGUCAGUCGUGGAGGAGGCGACUCCUGUUCUGCCCCAGAAUCCCUUUGAGUGCGUUGCCCAGCAUUUGGAGGCUCUACCAUUAGACUGCACAGUUCUCAGCUGCGAACAGGUAAUCGUCAUAACCGAGCCCAUCAUUCGCCAUACCCGCAACGAGGAUCUGAUGAACCUGGCCAAGAGCACCAGCAAAAAUCUAUACGUUGGCCUACCGCCCGAAGAGCGAGUGGCCAAAAUAAACGAGCUGCUGACAAAACUGAAGGUGGCCCUGGACGCCGAAACUGAGGGCUACACCAUGAUGAAUGAUGCCGAGAAGGCCACGGAGUCAUCGGCAUGGAAGUCGGCGUCCAGCAUGGAGAACCGGUCAGACGAGCGAGUCCAGGCCCUCAGCAUCAUCAUGCUCUACUUGUGCACUGGACUGCAGCAUGCCCAGGGCGUAGUUCUGCAGUAGAUCUGCAGAAGGAUAUUGAUCGAAGGGCCGAUUUGGUCAUGUCAUGUUAAUGUGCUAGUUUGUAGUCUGUGGUGUCAAUUUUUCGAAUGAAUGGAUUUCACACGAGUCGGACGGAAGAGUCUGAGAAUUAAAUGUAAACUAACUAGUAAAUGCUCGGAUGGCAUUAGGAAAUCGGCCCUGUUAGUUGCCUAAAUACUUGUGUAUUUGGUGAACUCCACGUAGUCUUAAGUAGCAGACUGGAAAUGUGUUAGUGAACUUAUGGGCAUUUUUAAUUCGUGUUGUGGCAUACUUACCUAGAAGUAUUUCAAUUUUAGCCAUCUAUUUCAAUCAAAAUACGCUUAUUUGUCAGUUUUGAAAGAGAUUUGUAAAUAUAUAAUAUGGGGUUAACCCAAACUCAACACAAACAUCAAUGGUAUCUAUAGAGUUCAAACUUGUUUUUGGCGAAUAAAAAUUUUUAAGCAAA